UCUGUAUGUGCCGUUAAAUUUCGGCAAUCAGAAAAUUACAGAGCGUGAUACCACAAUUGAUACAAAUAUUCAGCUCUUGAGUACACUUCCAUUGCCGCUAUGGAAAGAUGGCAAGGAAAAACUGCUCUCGUAACGGGAGCAUCGGCAGGAAUUGGUUACGCUAUUGCCGAUGCGCUAGCUCGUAGCGGAAUGAAAGUGAUUGGUUGUGCGCGCAACACCGAGAAAAUUCUGGAGCUGGCAAAGAAGUACAAGAGCGGACCCGGUUGUGUGGAUGCGGUGCAGUGUGAUGUCACCAAAACUGAACAGAUUACAGCCAUUUUUGAGCACAUUGAAAAACAUUACAAGCAUGUCGAUGUGCUAGUUAACAACGCCGGGAUCGCGAAAUAUGACACCUUGGUGUCCGGAAGAACCGAAAAAUGGCGGGAAAUGUUUGAGAUAAACGUCCUCGGACUGUGUAUUUGCGCGAGGGAGGCACUAAAGCUCAUGCAAAAAUACAACAUUACGGACGGCAACAUCGUAAACAUAAACAGCUACACAGGACACUUCCACAUGAAUUUGAGCAAUUUGAGCAUCAUUCUCGCUUUGAGCAGCUCAUUCUCGCUUUGAGCAGCUCGAAUACGGAUCUUAUUUUUUUUUAGCACUGUAAACCGUGUAUCCGUGUACAUCAA